GAGGUGAAAUGGCGCAGCAAGGAAAAAAAGCUGACGAGGUGAAAUUCUGCUGUUCGAUCUGUCUGGAUCUGCUGAAGGAUCCGGUGACUAUUUCUUGUGGACACAACUACUGUAUGAGCUGUAUUAAAGCCCACUGGGAUGAAGAAGAUGACAAGAAUAUCUACACCUGUCCUCAGUGCAGACAGACUUUCUACCUGAGGCCUGUCCUCGUGAAAAACACCAUGUUGGCAGAGUUAAUUGAGGAACGGAGGAAGACAGAAGCUGCUCCAGCUGAUCACUGCUAUGCCAGACCUGGAGAUGUGGCCUGUGAUUUCUGCACUGGGAGGAAGCUGAAAGCCUUCAAGUCCUGUCUGGUGUGUCUGGCCUCUUACUGUGAGCAACACCUUCAGCCUCACUAUGAAUCUCCUACUUUUAAAAAACACAAACUCACUGAAGCCUCCCUGAAGCUUCAGGAGAACAUCUGCUCCCGUCAUGAUGAGGUGAUGAAGAUUUUCUGCCGCACUGAUCAGCAGUGUAUCUGCAUUCUCUGCUCAAUGGAUGAACAUAAAGGCCACGACACAGUGUCAGCUGCAGCAGAGCGGACUGAGAGGCAGAAGGAGCUUGGUGAAAGUCGGCAAAAAAUCCAGCAGAGAAUCCAGGACAGAGAGAAAGAUGUGAAGGUGCUUCAGCAGGAGAUGAAGGAUAUCGAUUCCUCUGCUGAUAAAGCAGCGGAGGACAGUGAGAAGAUUUUUACUGAGUUGAUACAUCUCAUUGAGAAAAGACGCUCUGAUGUGAAGCAGAAGAUCAGAUCUCUGCAGAAAACUGAAGUGAGUCGAGUCAAAGAGCUUCAGGAGAAGCUGGACCAGGAGAUCACAGAGUUAAGGAGGAAGGACGCUGAGCUGGAUCAGCUCUCACACACGGAGGACCACAUCCAGUUUCUUUACAGUUACCCCUCACUGUCAAAACUUACUGAGUCCACAGAGUCACCAAGACCAAACAUCUACUGUCUGCAGUACUUUGAGGAUGUGAUGGCAGCUGUGACAGCAGCCAGAGAUAAAAUGCAGACCAUCCUUACUGAGAAACUGCCUUUAGCAGAGCCCAUGACCAGAGCUGAGCUCUUACAAUACUCACGUGAAAUCACGCUGGAUCCAAACACAGCAAACAACUUCAUGGUUUUAUCAGAGGGGAACAGAAAAAUAACAUAUAAUUACAAAAAUCCACCAUAUUCUCAGCAUCCAGACAGAUUCAUUCACAUACCUCAGGUCUUGAGUAAAGAUGAUCUGACUGGACGUUGUUACUGGGAGGUGGAGAGGAGCAGGAAAGCUGGAGUAGCAGUCGCCUACAAGAGUAUUGGCAGAUCAGGGGAUUUUAAUGUACAUGUAUUUGGAUUCAAUGAGAAGUCUUGGGCACUAUAUUGUGACAAUAGUUAUACCUUCAGACAUGACAGCCACUCAAUCAGCAUCUCAGGACCUAAAUCCUCCAGAAUAGGAGUGUACCUGGAUCACAGUGCAGGUAUUCUGUCUUUCUACAGCGUCUCUCAAACAAUGACUCUCCUCCACAGAGUCCAGACCACAUUCACUGAGCCGCUCUAUGCUGGACUUUUUCUUGGUGGUUCUAAUGGAGACACUGCUGAGUUCUGUAAACUCAAGUAGUCAUUGAAGAGGCAGAGGACAGGGUAAUAUCCAAGAAACAUAUUAACUUAUGGAGGACAUGAAUGCAGGUGCAGGUAUGUAUGCUUUACAGGGACAAAGUGAUUUGACACGGGUGGCUGGUGUUGUUGAUUUUGUGUGUGAUUUUAUCAAAUGCAGAAAGUGUGUACCUGUGUGAUUGUUUCAAAUCAUGCCUCAUGUAAAACAGGAAGUCAGGGGUGUCAAUGGAGACACUGCUGAGCUGUGUGAGCUCAUGUAGAUAGACUUAUAGAGACAGUGUCUAAAAUUCCCUUUCAAUUUUUUUGGAUUUAUUUUUUACGUAUCUUGUUAUUCUUUUUGAUCCUGCUUAUUUUUAUUAAUAUUUUGUGUUUACUAAUUUGAUUCUUUUUUUUAUUGUAUUUAGUUUUAGUGGUUUUGGUGAUUGUGAUUUUUUUUUUUUUUAUCUCUAUUUCCCAUUAUCAUCUGUCUUCUUCCUAAUAUGUUCUCUUAAAGGGCCAGUGUGUAAUAUUUGGCAUGGUUUAUUGUCAAUCUGAAUCUGAAUCUUCUACCCAUUAAUAUGUUUAUACAAGUGUAUGAUCGCUAUAAAAUAAAAUUCGUUUGGUUUUCGUAGCCUUAUAAUUACGCUUUUAUAUAUAUAUAUAUAUAUAUAUAUAUAUAUAUAUCUAUAUCAAGGGCCUUGCUUUAGAGAGGUCGCCAUCUUGCGCCGCCAUGUAUGUACGGUAGCCCGAGCGGACAAUCCAGCCAGCCAGAGAACGCGUUGCGCGUGUAUAAAUGAACCAACGAAGACAGCGGAAGGAAGGACGAAGGAGGAGGAAACAGCAGAGUGUUAGUAGUUCGUUGAUAGAGAGUAGUGAAAAGUUUUUUUAGUUAUAAAGUUUGCGAAUGGACCACACUUACCACGCAACAGGAGAGAAUGAACCUGAACCGUCAUCUGCGAGGAAAAGAAGACGCAACUUCACUCCUUGUGAUGCACUCUCUGCGGUGCUUUUCCUCCUGGUGAUAUGUCUCCCCAAUGAUGGUAGCAGUAGCACCGAAUCCCAUUCUGUGCAUUCAGCCUCUCUUCUCACCCGCUCAGCAUCAAACACAUGGAGUUCCUCAUCUGUAUGCUCCGGCUCAAACAGGUAUGGCUCUGGGUCUGUGUCCGCUACAAGAAACUCUUCAAAAUCGCGUUCAAAGUCGUCCAUUGCAGCUACUAUAGUCCGGAGAUAUUGCUAGGCUAAAUAAACAGCUGAGCUCUGUUUACAGGCUACGCUGUCAGUCAGUGUGCGGGCUGGAGAUUGGUGGAGCAGAGAGGGGAGGGGGUCCCACUCGGUAUG